AUGGAAUCGAAGAAAUCAAAAGAUAGACUGAUUUAUAAUAAAGAUGCUACACCUUUUAUUCCUUCGAGGAAACUUAGUUUACCUACAUACUUAGAAACGAAUGAUUCUGAUUCGUCGUCUAAUAAUAGUCCCAUUCCCAAGAUUUCGUCCUUGAACAAUAAUAUGGCUCAUUCAAUAGAAGGUUCCAUGUCCCCUGGGGGGUUUGGCUUUAAUAAUUAUUUACCUUAUCAACAGUAUCCUGUUCCACAAACUACGUUUUUGGUUACGAUUAAUAAUUUACCUUGUGAAAUUGAUAGUGUUGAAUUGAGUAAUUUUAUUAAAGAAGUUGACGAGGAAUUCACAUUUAAAAUCGUUAAUUUACAAAAAUCUGCUUAUCAGGAACUCGAAGAUGUGAUCGAAAUUGCUAGUGCUUUGAUCGAGGUUUACGAAUAUAAUCAAAUGUCAAGCUUAAUUGAAAAUUUGGAUGGUUAUGAAUGGAUGGAAAGAAUUUUAGAGGUUAAGUUUUUGCCAUAUUUUGUUCCAUAUUUUGUUCCUUACCCUCCUAUGGGUGGUGCUCUCAAUCCGAUGAUGAAGGAUGAAACAAUAUACCCUUACUCACAUCCACUUUCUCGAAAUUCUUCCAUUAGUUCAUCAAAUUCGAAUCCUUCAACACCUUAUUCAACGAGCAUGAAUUCGGAUUCCAAUUUCAAUUCAACUUCUAACUUGAAUUCUUCGAAUUCUUCCACUGGAGUCCCUCAAUUUUUGAUGAAUUUUGUCUCUUCUAAUAAGGAGGAUUCUGACUUUAUAGUCACUAAAAACGACCAAGGUCAAAAUAUUAAAGUUAACCCUUGCAGACUUUUUGUUGGAAAUAUCCCUUUUUCAUCUACAUGGUCAAACUUGAAGAAAUUCUUGAUUGAAAAAUGUAACGAAUUUGAACCAAAUAAUGAUAUUGAAAUCUUAAGAGUGGAAAUUCCUAUGAAUAAUAAUUUAAAUGUAAAGAAAUAUCAAAUUUUAACAUCUUUCAUCAGGGAUCAAACUUCAACUCCCGAUGACUUACAUUUAAAUGAUGAAGAGUAUGUGAUUGAAAAAAACAUGUCUAGAGGUUUUGCUAUCGUUACAACAGGAAACAAAACAUCAUCAGAAAAAAUCAUAAAAUAUUUUGAUGGUGUUGAGUUCGAAGGUAGAGAAUUGACUGUCAGAUUUGACAAAUUCCCUGACUUCAACAACUAUAUGUUACAGCAAUUGUAUCCACAUCAGAAAGAGAAAACAUUGGCAAAUUUAGCUUUUGAAAGGAAUUCAUUCCAACAAAAAUUCUACUACGGAAACUAUAUUAAUCAAAAUUUUAAUCACAAUAUGCACACUGGUUCAAAUUCUUAUUCUUACUAUAAGCAGCCACAAUAUCAUAAUAGAUCACAGUCAGUUUCAUAUCAUCGUCACCAAUCUCCCAGAUUGCCAGUGCUUCAACCAAACUUUACCCCACAAAUUCAUCCUUCUGCUCACUAUACGAAUAAUAAUAUGCCUAGAUCCACCAAGAAGAAGUCUAAAGAAAGCGUAAUGGAUAUUGUAGACGAAGAUGAAAGAGCAAGAGAGUUGGUAAAUUCAUUCGAAUCUUUAGGUAUUUCUUCUUGA